AUGAGAUCAAAAAACAGUGGGGCGGAAAGCCCGGUGGAUAGCGUGAUCGGGGUCCAACAAGGUGACCGUGACAUCAGUCAGGACCAGGACAUGGGUCUGCCUGUGAAGAGCCUGAAGGCCAAGGUUCAACAGAGAGAAGGUGGGGAAGAGGUGGCGGUGAUCUCCAACAAAGAGAAGCUGCUGAUGGAUUCAAAUGAGACUACGGAAAAAAGAGUGAACAAUAUGGAUCUGUCCAAAGAGGAUCUGCUGAAGCUACUGGGUAUCAUGGAAGGAGAAGUUCAGGCCAGGGAGGAUGUUAUCUUCAUGCUGAAGUCCCAGCAGACUUCUCCAGAGGCUCUUGAAUCACAGUAUGGCUCCGCCGUCCCUGGCUCAGCUCUCAAGGCACUGCAGAGAGAUGGAUUCAUCACCGGCACCAAGACGCAUAACCACAGUGUCUACCAAAAGCCGAUGGCUGAGCUGGAGCGCCUGCAGGAGAAGCACAGGGACACAUACAGGAGGAUGCUGGGUCAGCUGCUGCUCGCUGAGAAGUGCCACCGUCGCACCGUCUACGAGCUGGACACAGAGAAACGCAAACAUGUAGACUACAUGAACAAAAGCGACGACUUCACCAACCUGCUGGAGCAGGAGAGAGAAAGACUGAAGAGGUUGCUUGAGAACGAGAAAGCUUACCAGGUGAGAAAAGAGAAGGAGCACUCCAAACGUCUGGCCAAAGUGCAAGAGGAGCUGGUGAAGCUGAAGUCUUUCGCUCUGAUGUUGGUCAAUGAACGCCAGCAGAACCUGGAACAAAUGGACCAACAGAGUCAGCGGGUCCAGGAGCUCAGCCAGCAGCUCCAGCAGCGGGAACAAGCUCUGAAGGAAGCCAGGGAGCGGGCUCAGGAAGAUGGCCACAGGGUGCAGAGUCUGGAGGCUGAGCUUAAGGAGAAAUCUACUAAGCUUACCCAACAACAUGAAGAGAUGUGCGCCAAGCAAGCCACACAGGAGCUCCACAAUCGCCAACUUAAUGCCAAACUUUUGGGGUUGACACACAAAAUGGAGGAACUAGAAGAAAGCAACAGGGCCUUGAGGAAAUCUGAGGAGGAACUGCAGGAGUUAAGAGAACAGAUCAGUAAAGGGGAGCGUGGCAACUCCAACCUUCUGGCUGAGUUGGAGAACUUGCGGAAACGGGUUCUUGAGAUGGAAGGAAAGGAUGAAGAGAUUACCAAAACAGAACACCAAUGCAAGGAGCUGAGAAAGAGACUGGAGGAGGAAAAUAGUAAGAGUAAAGACCUCAAGCUGGAAGUAGAGAAAGUCCAAAAAAGAAUGGUGGACUUGGAAAAGCUUGAAGAAGCAUUCAGCAUAAGCAAAGCUGAGUGUGCACAGUUAUACAAUGCUCUAGAAAGAGAGAGGGGCAUGACCAAAGAGCUUUCAGAUGAAAUUAUAGCACUCAAGAUCCGUAUGAAAGAGCUUGAGUCCUCUGAAGUGAAGCUAGAAAAGACUGAGCUCAGCCUCAAGGAUGACCUGAGUAAGCUUAAAUCAUUGACCGUUGCUUUAAUGGAUGAGAGAAAGGCCCUGAUGGAAACCGUGAAGUCUGACGAGAAGAAAAAAGAUGAUUUCAGUAAGACGGUUAAACUCGAGCAGGCUAAGGUUAUGGAGGUGACUGAAAAAUUGAUAGAGGAAAGCAAAAAACUACUGAAAUUCAAAUCAGAGAUGGAAUCCAAAGUAGAGUCCUUAACCACUGAAAAGGGGGAGCUCAGUGCUAAACUGGCCUAUGAAAUGGACAAAACCAAGGAUCUUAAUACUAAGAUAAGCCAAAUGAGAAAGAGGCUUGAUGGAUUUGAGCAAGGGGAAAAGCUAUCUGUGAGGAAUUCCAUGAUAUGUGAUCUGGGAAGAACGUCUGACCCCAUUAAGAGAGAAGACAACAAAGUUAAAGAGCUAACAUUUGAAAUCGAGCGAUUGAAAAACCGGCUCAAACAACUUGAAGUAGUGGAGGGGGAUUUGAUCAAGACAGAAGAUCAGUACGAUAUGCUGGAGAAAAGGUUUGUGACUGAACAGGACAAAGCAAAUGUUCUUUCGCAGCAGGUGGAGGAAAUGAAGAAUCAGAUAGCACACAACAAAGCCAUUGAGAAAGGAGAAGAGGAAAGCCGGGAAGAAGACCUUCGAGAGCGAUGCCAGAGAGAGGAAACCAAAACCAGAGAGCUACAAGCUGAUGUGGUCGCUCUCAAGGAGAAGAUCCAUGAGCUGAUGCACAAAGAAGACCAGCUCUCUCAGCUCCAAGUGGACUACUCGGUCCUACAGCAGAGAUUCUUGGAAGAGGAAGAGAGAGCCAAGAACAUGGGCACUGAGGUUUUCCAUCUCACCAAAGAGCUAGAGCAAGCCAAGCGUCAUAGUCGAGCCUUACGGCCCAGCCUUAAUGGGAGACGUAUGGUCGACAUAGCUGUGACAUCCACAGCAGUGCAAACAGAGGCAUCAUACACUGGACCGGCAGAGGAGGACACUCCAGCUGUGUUUAUCAGGAAGUCUGUUCAAGAAGAGAAUCACAUAAUGACCAACAUCCGACAGAAAUGCCUGAAGAAGCCGGGUGAAAAAAGUAGCGCCGUUGAACGUUGCUCUUCAUCUAGCAGUGACUUGGGAAUAAAGAAAUCUUGGAUUCCCUGGAUCAGGAGAAAGGACAACACUCCUCAAGAAACUAACCUGGACAAACCUCAGCAUAUCAAUGGUGGUAAUUUGUCCUCGGAACUGACGGUGCCUCAAAAGCAAGGGCAGCCUUUGCACAUCCGAGUAACACCAGAUCACCAAAACAACAUCGCUACUCUUGAGAUCAGCAGCCCAACUACUGAGGAUGUUUUCUCCAGCUCAGUUCCCCUUAGCCCAAACCCAUCUCAGCCUAAAUCCAGAAUCACAAUCAUUCCCACCUGCACUUCUUCGACCCACCACAGAAAGUCCCCUGCUCGACCUCAGGGUCCCGAAAGAGCAAAGUCUCCGGUCACCAUCACGGCUACUUCUAGAGCGAAGUCUCCAGAAAGCAGCCGAUCCUCUUCCUCAGGCAGGCCACUUUCCCCAGUUUCUAUUAUGACAGUGAGCACUGCCUUAGUACCUGCAGCGUCCUCCUCUCCGGAGCCCCAGGAGAUGACCAUGGGCCGGGCCGUGUUCCGGGUUACCCCCGAGAAGCAGAUGGUCCCAGUGCCUGUUCGGAAGGGCCUCAACAAUGCCAGCGUCAUCACAACUACAGAUGAUAACAAGAUCCAUAUUCACUUAGGGAACAGCAUGACCCCAAAGAUGGUUGUCAGGCCAGUGGCAACUGUAACGGAGAGCAAAGAAAUGACCCUAUCAACAGGAACGGUCUUACGCUCGCCACGCCAGAUUACCACCACUACCACCAGGAGCACACAGAGUAAAGUGAUGAGCAGUAUUAUGAUAUCACCGGUUACUUCCACCACGUCUAGACCUACCCAAAGCCCGGUCGGGCAUGAUGUCCAGACACCUCGUGCAGGGCUGACUCGUAUCCCCAUGUCCAAGAGCCUUAAGACGGGAAAGGCUGCACUGGGAUCUCUGGGGAUAACGAGUGGACUGAAGCUAGAGUCUCGAUCUGAAAGUCAAUCUAUGAGGAUAGAGGUCAAGAAAUCCACAGUGAAUAGUAAUACAUUACAAAAUGGAGGAAAAGUCUGA